AUGCCUAAGAAAGAUGUCGAAAUAAGUGGGGAUAGUGAAGACUAUCUCGAGAAGACGAUUGGUGCUUUUGGUGCGUGGCAGGCCAAAGUAUGCAUCCUUGCUUCUUUGACGAGAUUUCUCGCCAUGUGGAACAUGUUAAACAUAAUGUUCCUGACAUAUGACAACCGCUUCACUUGUGUUGAAUUCGACGGGUCUCAAUUAGUGAAUGUUACCCCUUCAACGUGCUAUGAUAACUGUGUCCAGUAUGAGUUUGAAAAAGGGCUUUUUGUAAAAGGUUUCGUGGAGGAGUUUGGACUGAUUUGUGAAAAAGCCUGGUUGGCCAGUUUUACGCAAACUGUACUUAUGUUUGGCUUGCUGUUCGGUGUUUGGUUGUUUGGAUGGAUCUCAGACAGAUUCGGCCGCAGCCGAGCUAUAAUGUCCUCAGCUUGCCUCGUGGUGGUCCUCAUGUUUGGUUCCAGCUUCGCGCCCGGCUACUGGACGUUCUGCGCCCUGCGGUUCCUCGUGGGCGUGGCCACGGGCGGGCAGAUGAUUGUCGCCAUUGUGAUAGUUCUGGAGGUGGUUGGCGCUCGACAUCGAGAGCUUGCAGGUUCCUGUAUUUCCCUGCCCGACGGUAUCGCCGAAGCUUCCCUGGUUGCUUUCGCCAAAUUCUCUCCUACCUGGAGGAUUUACCUGCUGUCCAUUAGCGCUGUAUCAGCUUUUUUAAUGCUCAUGCAGAUGUUGCUGCCGGAGUCCCCAAGAUGGCUGAUGUCGACGGGACAAGCUGAUAAAGCAAGGAUAAUUAUGACGAAGGCCGUUGCGUGGUACUUAAUGUUUCUUGUUUUAUAG